AUGAGCGUCCAAGAGACACCCCGUCCUAUUCAGGAUCAAGUAUACAAUGACUCAACCGACAUGGAGAAGAAGGCAUACCCGGUAGACCCCACGGAUGAUCCCUUUGGAAAUGAAGAAUCUGGGGAAGUAAAGUAUCGUAUCAUGCCAUGGUGGCAAGCUGGAAUGCUGAUGGUCGCUGAAAACAUCUCGCUUGGUAUUCUAUCUCUUCCGUCGGCAGUAGCAACCCUCGGAAUUGUCCCGGCAUUUGUCAUUAUUAUGUUUCUGUCCGGUAUCUCAUGGUACACUGGAUACACCAUGGGCCAGUUCAAGAAGCGUUAUCCCCAGGUCCACAGCAUGGGUGAUGCUGGCGAGCUUCUUCUAGGCCCCAUCGGACGCGAGAUUGCCUUCGUCGGCCAACUGCUGUUCAUCAUCUUCCUGAUGGCCAGUCAUAUUCUCACUUUCUCCGUGUUGUUCAACACUAUCACGAACCACGGUACCUGCACUAUUGUCUUUGGAGUUAUCGGCUUAGUCGUCAGCUGUAUUGCCGCCCUUCCUCGCACAGCAGAGAAGGUCUUUUGGAUGUCCAUUAUCUCCGCCAUCAGCAUCCUGAUCGCCACUAUCGUCACGAUGGUUUCCAUCGCUGUCCAGGCCCCCGAUGAUGUCCAGAACGAUAUUACCACCACCCCGACCUUCCAGGAAGGUUUCUUGGCCGUCACCAACAUCGUCUUCGCCUUCAUCGCCCACGUUUCUUUCUUCGGUAUCAUGUCGGAAAUGCAGGAUCCCCGCGACUUCCCCAAAGCCCUUGCCAUGCUCCAGAUUGUCGAUACUACUAUGUACAUCGUGACCGCCAUGGUCAUCUACUGCUAUGCAGGCCCGGGUGUCUCGUCUCCGGCUCUAUCGUCGGCUGGACCUAUGAUGAAGAAAGUUGCCUACGGCCUGGCCAUCCCAACGGUCAUUAUUGCCGGUGUUAUUUUCGGCCACGUUGCUUGCAAGUAUAUCUAUGUUCGAAUCUUCCGCGGCGAGCGCUCGCACCACAUGCACCAGAAGAGUCUUUUGGCCACGGGUACAUGGGUUGCGAUCGGCCUGACUACGUGGACUGUUGCGUGGAUCAUCGCAGAGUCGAUUCCGGUGUUCAACGAGUUGUUGAGUCUGAUUAGUGCCCUAUUUGGAAGCUGGUUUAGCUACGGCCUACCUGCCAUUUUCUGGUUCAUGAUGAACAAGGGACAGUGGUUUUCGUCCACUAAAAAGAUCGCCCUGACUAUUCUCAACUUGAUCAUUCUUGCAAUUGCUUGUGCUAUUUGUGGAUUGGGACUCUAUGUCUCGGGCGUGGCUAUCAACGAGAGCUCGUCCAAGGCCAGCUGGACCUGUGCCAACAACGCCACCUAG